AUGGGCAUUAUCGACAAGAUUGAGCACGCUAUCCACCCCUCCAACUCGCACGGCCCGGAGCACAACCAGGGCGGCAACCACGGCAACCAGGGCGGACCCCACGGUGGCCCCGGUCACCAGGGCGGUGGCGGACCUGGCCAGCAGGGCGGAUUUGGUGGUCCCCAGCAGCACGGUGGUCCCCAGCAGGGUGGCCACGGUGGCCAGCAGGGCGGAUUCGGCGGUCCCCAGCAGCACGGCGGUCCCCAGCAGGGCGGUGAGUAA